GAGAGAGAAUUUUGUAUUCCGAUUUUGCCCAUGGGAACGGGGGAAAGAACGGCGAGGUACAAGAGGGCGACGGCGCCUCUGGACGGGACGGAGAGGGCGAGGCUAUGGGAGGGGAGGCUGGGCGAGUCGGGGUCGCCGGAGAACUCGGCCGAGUUGGCGGACCUGGUGGACUCGUUCUACGACGAGGAGGUGAAUGAUGAUGAUGGAGGGAGAGGGGACGAGUCGGACACGGGAUCAGAAGAGAAGGAGGUGGGAAAUAGGGACCGGAGAGCGAUGUUGGAGGCCGCUCUGGCCAAGUCGGAGGCGGACUCGGUGGCGAAUCGGAUCCGGGUCGAAGCGGAAGGGGCCGUCCGGGCGGUCGGGUCCGACACGGCCGGGCUCAAGAGGCGCGUGAUGAGCUGGCUACGUGAGAGGGGUUUUGAUGCGGGGCUCUGCAAAUCCUCCUGGGAAAGAGCUAAGAGAGUCCCCGCCGGCCACCACGAUUUCAUCGACGUGAUCGCCGGAGGUGGGACCCGUUACAUCCUGGAGAUCGAUCUACCGGCCGAGUUCGAGAUUGCACGGCCGACGAGCGACUAUUUGACUCUCCUCGGUCCCCUGCCGGCGGUGUACGUCGGGAGGCCGGAGGUGCUGAAGGGGAUCGUAAAGCUGAUGUGUGCUGCGGCCAAGGAGUCCAUGAGGAGUGCGGGCAUGCACGUCCCGCCAUGGAGGAGGAGGGGCUACGUCCAGAUGAAGUGGUUUGGUUCGUACACGAGGACGACGAGCAGGAUUCCAGUGGGGAGGGAGGAAGUAGGUGACGGAGGGGCGAUGGCAGCCGGCGUGACCCGGCCCGGGAUUGCCAUGGGGCAGAGGUUUUGUAGGAUGCGGUUUAGGUGCAGGGAAUUGCAGGUGAAUGAGAGAAACUGGCCAAUGGCAUUUAGAGGCACGUGA